AUGGACAUUUUCAAGUCUCGCACAUACAGUCAUCCAUCAUCUUCAGAAGGCGAAUCCAAGCCUCCCCGACGACAAAAAAUGAUAGUUGCCAUCACAGGCGCAACCGGAUCGAUCCUAGGAAUCAAAACCCUCAUCACACUCCGGCAAAUGAACGUGGAAACCCAUCUCAUCAUGAGUAAAUGGGCUGAGGCGACAAUAAAAUAUGAAACGGACUAUACCAUCGCCAAUGUCCGUGCCUUGGCUGACCACGUCUACAAUAUCCAUGACAUGGCGGCACCGAUAGCCAGUGGCUCGUUCCGCGUCGAUGGAAUGGUUGUUGUACCAUGCAGCGUCAAGACCCUCGCAGUGAUCAGUUCUGGGGUUUGCGAUGAUCUGAUUUCCCGCGCUGCGGACGUGAUUCUCAAAGAGCGUCGCAGGCUGGUUCUGGCUCUUAGAGAGACUCCUCUUAGCUCAAUACACAUCCAGAACAUGAUGUCAGCGACACAGGCUGGUGCUAUCAUCUUUCCGCCAGUGCCAGCCUUCUACAUUAAGCCUUCGUCAAUCGAUGACUUGGUGGAUCACAGCGUUGGACGAAUGCUGGAUCUGUUCGGCUUGGAUACGGCCAAUUUUGAGAGAUGGGAAGGGUGGAAGAGAUAA